CUGCCUGAGUGGAGCCGCGGGUGGCUUCCGGCGCGGGUGACGAGUGGUGGCCGAAGCGGGGCAGCAGCUAGGGACGCUCGGGCAGGGACCAUGGCAGACGGCGGCUCGGAGCGGGCUGAUGGGCGCAUCGUGAAGAUGGAGGUGGACUACAGCGCCACGGUGGAUCAGCGCCUGCCCGAGUGCGAGAAGCUGGCCAAGGAAGGAAGACUCCAAGAAGUCAUCGAAACUCUUCUUUCUUUGGAAAAACAGACUCGUACUGCUUCCGAUAUGGUGUCUACAUCCCGUAUCUUAGUUGCAGUAGUGAAGAUGUGCUAUGAAGCUAAAGAAUGGGAUUUACUUAAUGAAAAUAUUAUGCUUUUAUCAAAGAGACGGAGUCAGUUAAAACAAGCUGUUGCAAAAAUGGUUCAACAGUGCUGUGCGUAUGUUGAAGAAAUCACAGACCUUCCAAUCAAACUUCGAUUAAUUGAUACUCUGCGAAUGGUCACAGAAGGAAAGAUUUAUGUUGAAAUUGAACGUGCGCGACUGACUAAAACUUUGGCAACUAUAAAAGAGCAAAAUGGUGAUGUGAAAGAGGCAGCCUCCAUUUUGCAGGAAUUACAGGUGGAAACUUACGGGUCAAUGGAGAAGAAGGAGCGCGUGGAGUUCAUUUUGGAGCAAAUGAGGCUCUGCCUAGCUGUCAAGGAUUACAUUCGGACACAAAUCAUCAGCAAGAAAAUUAACACCAAAUUUUUCCAGGAAGAAAAUACAGAGAAAUUAAAAUUGAAAUACUAUAACUUAAUGAUUCAGCUGGAUCAGCAUGAGGGAUCCUAUCUGUCUAUUUGUAAGCACUAUAGAGCCAUCUAUGAUACUCCCUGUAUACAGGCAGAAAGUGAAAAGUGGCAGCAGGCCCUGAAAAGUGUUGUUCUCUAUGUUAUCCUGGCUCCUUUUGACAACGAACAGUCUGACUUGGUUCACCGAGUAAGUGGUGAUAAGAAGUUAGAAGAAAUUCCCAAAUACAAGGAUCUCUUAAAGCUUUUUACCACGAUGGAGCUGAUGCGCUGGUCCACACUUGUCGAGGACUAUGGUGUGGAAUUAAGGAAGGGGUCCCUGGAGAGUCCAGCCACUGACGUCUUUGGUUCUACAGAGGAAGGGGAGAAAAGGUGGAACGACUUGAAGAACAGAGUGGUUGAACAUAAUAUCAGAAUAAUGGCCAAGUACUAUACGCGGAUAACAAUGAAGAGGAUGGCACAGCUUCUGGAUCUGUCCGUUGACGAAUCGGAGGCCUUUCUCUCAAAUCUGGUGGUUAACAAGACCAUCUUUGCUAAAGUAGACAGAUUGGCAGGAAUUAUCAACUUCCAGAGACCCAAGGAUCCCAAUAAUUUAUUAAAUGACUGGUCUCAGAAACUGAACUCACUGAUGUCUCUGGUUAACAAAACGACACACCUUAUAGCCAAAGAGGAGAUGAUACAUAAUCUACAAUAAGGGCCUUACUGCUUUAAGAAAAGAGUUAAAAUUGGAAGUCAUUAAAAAAAAAAAAAAGACUGUUACCCUGGUGUAUAUGUUGUGUUUUUUGUUUUCUCAGCUCCUUUGUCUAAAAUUUUGAAAUAGUAAAUAUGUUUGAGGCUAACUUUUGAGUAUGCAAUUGGUGCAAAAACGUGCCACAUUUCUGUUGACUGAGCACAUAAAAUCUGUUAUAACUUACCCAAAUAUGUUUUUAUAUCACUUGAAGACUUUUUAGCUAUUAUUUGUUUUCAUUGAACUAACAACCAUAGUAAAAAUAAAAGCAGUAUAUGCACAUUUA